AUGGCAUUCAAAAUAAAUUGCUAUUGCUUCAUUGCCCUGACUAUUGUUGCUGUUGUUGUAAAUGCAGCUGAAGAAAAGAACGAUGAAUAUGACGCCUACCCCAGCUACAGCUUCAAUUAUGAUGUGCAGGACGCGCUAACUGGCGACAUUAAGUCCCAAUCGGAGCAGCGCGAUGGUGAUGUGGUCAGAGGACAAUACUCGCUUCAAGAGGCUGAUGGCUAUCAACGCACUGUCGAGUAUACCGCUGAUGCUGUGAACGGUUUCAAGGCCACUGUACGUCGCGAACUGCUGAGCGAGCCUGCCAAGCUCUUGGCUCCAGUGCCGUCAGCACCGCAGAUUUUGCCACAACCCAAAAUUGAGAAUGCUCAGCCACAACCCGCCAGCCCUGUCAGUUUACCUAAUCUACCAGUUCCAAUUGCUCCGAAGUAUGAACAGUUGACACAGAAAUCCUACGUUACACCAGUUGUAUCGCCUACUUACUACCGCGCAUAUGCUGCACCAACUUUGCUUCAUCACGCUCCAGCCACCCACGCCGUCAUACACCACGCUCCAGCUGCCGCUGUGCAUUUGUCGCCAGCCACUCAUUUUGUCCAUGCGGCCCCAGCUGCUGCCACCUUGCUGAAGACUUCGCCGGCUGUCAUUACGCAUCACGCCAUUCAUACAGAAGCUCAUCCAGCCGUGGUCAAGACAUCUUUCACAGCUCCGCAUGUUUCUUAUGUUUACUAA